CCUCUCCUUCACUCUCUCUCGUGCUUAAAAUAUUAUAUCAAACACACGGUUUCCUCUCUCUUGUGUCUCUCCACUCCUCUCCGCCGCUCCAUUACCAUAACAACCCCUAGUUUUUGGUUUCUGUGGGAAAGACCUUUUCAUAGUCUCAAAACUUGCUACUUCACAUGCUUCAUAUACAUCAGCUUUUGGCAAGCUUUACUCAAAGUUACGUUCGUCAUGGAGAUAUAGAGUUUAAUAUAUCAGGUUUGCUUAGAAGCAAUCAGUUCGGAAGUUGUGUUAUAUUAUUGUUCUUGAGAUUUUCGGGUUUGAAUCAGAAGAAAGGUGGAGUAUGUUUUUGAUUUUGUUUCUUGAGUUUGAUCAUUGUUAUUGUUAUUGCUAUUAUUUGUAUCGUGUAAUUUGUUGUAAGAGGAACAGCUGAAGAGAGUUGAAAAUUGUGGGAGCAAGUAGGUCGUCUAGUGUUCGUGGAGGUGUGAGUGCGUGGGUCUCGUGAAGAAAAAAUGCCUCACAGAACGACUUACUUCUUCCCCAGGCAAUUUCCAGAUCGUGGAUUCGAUGCAUCUUCCAGCAAGCAAGCAGUAGAGAAUCACGAGAAGAAGACUGUGAAAGAAACUUUUAACAUUGAAAAUGACCUAAAGUCAUCCUCAACAACCACAAAGAACUUCAAGACUUCAGCUCUGUCAGAUCUAUUCACGAGCGGUGACGAAAAGUUUCAAAUAAAAAAGCAGCAAUUUGCUGCCUUUUGCGACUGGUUGACAGAAAAAAAGAGAUCAGAGAGAUCUUCUCACGUGAAAUCGAGGCCAUAUUCCAGUGGUGAAGAUCGUGAGCCCUUGUUACCAACUCCUGAAUCCGUCCCUGCGCCGGUACCAGUGUCCGAACCCGCACCCGUAAUAGAGACUACUGCCAUCAACAAUGACAGGAACUUUGACCGCCGGGUAUCAUUGCCGAGGUUGUCAAGUGGAAGCAGUUAUGCGGGGAGCUUAUUUUCUGGGACUACUAUGGAUGGACAUUUUUCUAGUGAUGUUAAGGAUACGUCCACCCGCGUGUCCACAACGAGACAGGAGGUGGAGGAAGAAGAAGAGAGUAAAGACAGCUUCGCCCAAAGGACGAAGGAGAGUUAUUUGCUGCAGCUUACGUUGGCUCGUAGGCUUACUUUGCAAGCAAGUCUUCUUACUGAGCCCGUGAUUUUACAGGAGUGCAUCCAGGUUGCCGAUGCUCAAACCGUGUCUUACCGUCUGUGGGUUAGUGGUUGCUUGUCAUACAGUGACAAGAUAUCGGAUGGAUUUUACAACAUUUUGGGGAUGAACCCAUAUCUUUGGGUGAUGUGCAAUGAUUUGGAGGAAGGAAAGCGGCUGCCGUCUUUGAUGUCGCUUAAAGAAAUCGAACCUACUGAAACCACAAUGGAAGUGGUUCUUAUUGAUAGACAUGGCGACUCCCGCCUCAAGGAGCUUGAAGACAAAGCUCAGGAAUUAUAUUGUGCUUCUGAAAACACCUUGGUCUUGGUUGAGAAACUUGGCCAACUUGUUGCUAUCUGCAUGGGAGGAAGUUUCUCGUUUGAGCAAGGUGAUCUCCACAAACGCUGGAAAAUAUUUAGCAAGAGAUUGAGAAAAUAUAGGAAGUGUAUAGUGAUCCCUAUUGGCAGUCUAACUACGGGACUGUGCAGGCAUCGAGCAAUUUUAUUCAAGAAAUUGGCAGACUACAUUGGUUUACCAUGUCGGAUAGCUCAUGGUUGCAAGUAUUGUGAGGCAGAUCACCGGUCUUCUUGCCUUGUUAAAAUAGAGGAUGAAAGGCAGACCUUAAGAGAGUAUGUGGUUGAUCUGGUUGGGGAACCGGGAAAUAUCCAUGGUCCAGAUUCCUCAAUUAACGGAGGAAUCUUUUCUUCAAUGCCAUCACCACUUCAAGUUUCCCAUUUAAAAGGAUUUCAACAACCAUAUACUGAUACAGAUUCCAAGAACUCUGGCGCUCUCCAAGAAAAUCCUCUGUAUUCAGUAAGCGAGGAAGGUCUACCGUUGAAGGAUAUUGGUUUAUUUGAAAGUUCAGAGGGUUUUAUUGAUGCUUCUGUUGAACAGGCUAGUCCUGAAAAGGAUUCAUCUCUGGUGCCUUUGAAAUUGGAAGGGAACCCUGCUGCUUUGGGUGUUGCUACUGGGGAACUAAUUAACGAAUAUCAUGGACUUUCUGAGGGAAAUGUUAUUGUACAACCGUCAUACAAAAAGGAAAUUAAUGUGUCUGAAGGUUCUCUUAGAAAUGAGGUUGUUAAGCAACCUAAAACAAAGUUGUCCAGUCUGCCGGUUAGAGAGGAUCAGAGUAAACUUGAGAAACAAGGCAAAUUUCCUGCAACAACCAACCCAAGAUACUUGAAUCUGGAACCUUCUCUUGCAAUGGACUGGCUUGAGAUUGCAUGGGAUGAAUUACAUAUCAAGGAGCGAGUUGGUGCUGGAUCAUUUGGGACAGUACAUCGGGCUGAGUGGCAUGGAUCGGAUGUUGCUGUUAAGGUAUUGACAGUUCAAGAUUUUCAUGAUGAUCAGUUGAAGGAGUUUCUGAGAGAGGUUGCAAUCAUGAAACGUGUCCGGCAUCCAAAUGUUGUUCUUUUCAUGGGUGCAGUUACAAAGCGUCCUCAUCUGUCAAUUGUGACAGAAUAUCUGCCAAGGGGUAGUUUAUACCGCCUCAUGCAUAGGCCGGCUGGAGGGGAAAUGCUCGAUCAAAGGAGGCGGCUACGCAUGGCAUUGGAUGUGGCCAAAGGACUCAACUAUCUUCAUAAUCUAAACCCUCCUAUACUUCAUUGGGACCUUAAAUCACCAAACUUGCUGGUUGACAAAAACUGGACAGUGAAGGUCUGUGAUUUUGGAUUGUCCAGAUUCAAAGCGAAUACUUUCAUAUCAUCGAAAUCGGUUGCAGGGACUCCCGAGUGGAUGGCUCCGGAAUUCCUUCGAGGAGAGCCCUCAAAUGAGAAGUCUGAUGUUUACAGUUUUGGAGUGAUCCUAUGGGAACUUGUGACAAUGAAACAGCCUUGGAGCGGGCAUAGUCCAGCCCAGGUAGUUGGAGCUGUUGCUUUCCAGAACAGAAGGCUUACAAUUCCUCCGAACACAUCCCCCGUGUUGGCUUCCCUCAUGGAAUCUUGCUGGUCUGAUGACCCUGCUCAGCGCCCAACUUUUGCCAAUAUAGUAGAGUCACUAAAGAAGUUGCUGAAGUCUCCAGUCCAGAUGAUACAAAUGGGUGGACAAUAGCGGCCGAGAAGCCACAAUUACAAAUAUUCAAAACAUAUUAUGCUUGUGUGGGAGAUUUAAAUAACCCAUAGAAGCUAAAAAGAAGCCCUAGAAACUAUACUUCUGUUAUACUAACAGGCAAGACAACUGUAGAUGUGUUGCUUAUCUAACCCAUUAUGGAAGGCAGAAAAAACAUGUCUGUAAAUGUAAAAUGCAGGGUCCUCUGUGUUUGCAUGGGUAUUUAUUCUCUAUGUGGCGGCCUCUAUCGCAAGUUGUUCCUCAAUUCCCGAUCCGAAAUAUUUAUAAAUUCCGAUUUAGUCAUUUUAUGUUUUACGGCAUCUGGACUGUAAUCAGUAGAAUUCUGGUUCUUCAUCAUAGCCAUCCCUCCAUGUUAAGAUAACGGGACUACAUAUGCAAGUAAGUUGUUAAUUCUCUUGUAUUGAGUGUUUAAUAAUCAGUGACUAUCUUUUUAUUAUA